UGAGGAGGGACUCAUGACAGGACAGGGCUCAGGCAGCUCAGGCACCUUCUGAUGGCUGGCAUUUGGUUUUUACCUCGGGGUUUUAGUUUCUUAUUUUUUUCUCUUUUUUUUCCCCCUUUUUUAUUUUUUCCCUCUUUUUUUCCUUUUUUCCCCCUUUUUUUCCUUUUAUUUUCUUUUUUUCUCCUUUUUUUCUUUUUUUUCUUUUUUUUUUUUUUGGUGUGUAAUAAAAAUCCUGAGCAAGGGACUCUACAGGAAUGGGGCCACCUGUCCCAUUGACUCGAGCAGGACCUCUCCUCCCCUGGGACAGCACCCAGGAGAGCCUCACACAUCCCUCCUGACCUCUUGCCACUCCUGUAUCUGCUUGGCCGUCCCAGAGGAUCCGUGAACUGCUCCCGAUCUCCUCCCAGCACUUCCAAACCUCCUGGCAAAGGACUCCAGCCCUCCGGUGGCCUCAGGCAGCACAUCCCCUGCAGCUGCCCCACACACACUCCUCAAAGCAGCCUGAGCCCAGACUCACGGACAGGAGGGAGGAAAACCUUUUGUGGAAUUUCUAUGUAUUUAUAAUGGACUUGGCUUCAGCCUGGAGCCCCCCGCUGCUUCCUGCCUCUCCAGGGACUCGUGCCGGGGCUGCUCCGGGUAGGUUUUUACCUGCCUCCUCAUACGACGGUGCCUUAAACCAUUUAGGGGAGCAGGGGUCACACCGAGAGGGGGGGAGGACGGUGGCUUUCCGGGACCAUCUGCAAUCGGGGCUUUUUCCUCCCUGUGAUCAGGAGCCCUCCUGGGUGCCCGGGGACCCGCCCUGCUGCUCUGUCCUCCAGCUAGCAAAUGCCAGUGGCCUUUUUAGCCUUUAAUUUAUUCUCCUCCCCGUCCUGCCUUGCCGGAGGCGCAGCGGGAGGAGACACGGGCACCAUCCCAGCCCUGGAGGCAGCUCCAUCCAACCCACAGCCGGCCGGCUUCGCCCUCGCUGCCCCGCGGGCACGGGCUGAGCGCUGGCACCAGCAUCCUGCCCAGCCUGGGGCAUCCCAGCGGGGCUCGGGGGGGCAGGAUGGGAAAGGGGGGCAGGAGCUGGGCUGGGGCAGCGAUGCUGCUUGGCAGGUGGCUUGUUUACUGUGUAAGCAAGACGGGUGGGAAGCGUCUCAUACAAGGGAGACUCGUGCAGGAAUAAAUCUGAGCUUGAACAGGGCGUCGGGUGCGUGUGAUUUGUCUCUGGGGGGGCUGGCAGAGGGUGGGGAGCUGCCACCGGGGGAGCCCCAGGGGCACCCAUGGACCAGGAGCGCUCCGGGCUCGCCUGGAGCAAGGGAGAUGUGGCUGCAGGUGGCAGAAGGAGCAUUUCCAGCCCCACGGGGCUCCCCGGUGCCCACACUCUUCCCUCAAAACCCCUGAACAAUGGCCCCUUUCUGCCCUGCUUAGGGAAGGAGACGGGCAUUAAGGGGCAGCAGGAAUGCGGGUGGCAGGGCCCAGGCACCCAGCGAGGGCAGGGGGGACACGCUCAGCCCGGAGUCCCCAGCACGGCCCCUUCAGCGCUGCCCUGAGCGGCGAGGAGCCUGCUGGAAAACCAAGGAGCAUCGUGGGGACCCCCGCAGCAGGGUGCCUGGGGGGUGGGCUCCCAGCGGGAUGGCUGCGAGCACUCGUUCCCCUUUAAGACGCUGUUUCUCCGUGCCAGAGCCUGACCUCGGCAUCCUCAGCUGAGCUGGAUUAACGGGGCGAGGGGGAAGGGGCCUGCCGAGGGGACUGGGGCUGCUCCCCGCACUCCCGGCGGGGUGGGCAUGGCCCUCGGGUGGGCUCCGGCGCUGGGCUGCCACGUGUAGGGCUGGCACUGCCACCACCCCGUCCCCGGAGCGGGAACAGGGGUCCCCACGGCGCCCCGGGGCCCAUGGGGGCAGCUGGGGAGGAGUGGGUGGUGGGCACAGGGCACCGGGCAGGGUUUUAGCCAGGCUGCGCCGGGAACCUCCCGCUGCCAUGAAAGACUUCACCGAAAUCACGCUUUGCCCCGAGGCUCUGGACGGCAGCAAGACCGAGUUCUGCAACCCCGUUUUUGAGGGCGAGGAGCCCCGGGCGGCGCCGGAGCAUCCGCCAGACAAGGAUGGGACCGGCCCCGCAGCGCGCCGGGACGGCCUCGGCCAGCAGCUGUGGGCACAGGUGGGCUGGAGGCACCGCGCCGACUGCAGGUUCACCUGGCUCUGCGUGGCCCUGAUGAGCGCCAUCCUGCUCUUCCUCAUCGCCCUCCUGCUCGGCAUCGUCAUCCACCAGCUGACGUCCCCGCACCCCCCCGGCGCCCCGGGCACGGCGCUGCCCGCCCGCGGCACUGCCACCACGGCCACAGCAGCCAUCCGAAGGGACCCCCCGGCCCCCAAAACAGCCGCCACCCCAACGGCGAGCGGGCUGCCCGCGGCCCGCACCGCAGCGCCGGCCUGCGGAGGGACCCUGCGGGGCCCCGAGGGCUCCUUCAGCUCCCCCAACUUCCCCGGCCCCUACCCCCCCAACGCCCUCUGCAUCUGGCGCAUCGAGGUGAGCGCCGGCCUGGCCAUCCAGCUGAGGAUGGAGGCGUUCAGCGUGGAGGGCACGGCCUCCUGCCUCUUCGACCGCCUGGAGCUCUACGAAGAGCCGGGCACCGCUGGCACUGCCCCGGCUCGGGGCAGCCCGACCAGGUUUUGUGGCAACGUGCCCCCGCCGACCUUCAACACGGACUCGAACCGCCUGCGGGUCACCUUCGUGUCCGACAGCAGCGUGGGCGCCCCGGGCUUCAGCGCCCGCUACCGCGCCGUGAGCCCCGCCGAGAAGAGCUGCUCCUGGGACGAGCACCUGUGCGACCGCGGGCUGUGCCUGCAGCUGGGCUUCGUGUGCGACGGCUUCCAGGACUGCGCGGACAGGAGCGACGAGGCCAACUGCAGCCUGAGACACAGAGAAUGUGGGGGCUCGCUGACCGCCUUGGAGGGACACUUCUCCACCCCGAACCACCCGCAGCCAUACCCGCACCAGCAGCUGUGCCUCUGGCAGAUCUCGGUGCCCCUGGGCCACGUCAUCGACCUGCACUUCCACAACUUCAGCCUGGAGUCGCACGAGGAAUGCAGCUUCGACUUCGUGGAGGUGCACGACAGCGCGGGCACGGGCACCGCCAGCCUCAUGGGCAGGUUUUGUGGCCACCAGCUGCCACCCCCCCUGACCUCCUCACGGCACGUCAUGACCGUCCUCUUCGUGGCAGACGAGGGGGUUGCAGAUGAGGGGUUCUUUGCCACCUACCAAGCCCGCAAUGCCACAGAGAAGACCUGCAGCCCCGCCGAGUUUUCCUGUGGGAACGGCGAGUGCCGGGCGCUGGAGUCCGUGUGUGACGGCUGGCACGACUGCCCCGACGGCACCGACGAGCUGAACUGCACCGGGGUGUCCUACCCGGCCUUCGGGUCUGUCUGCGAGCCCGUGGAGGUGGAGAUGUGCCUGGGGCUGGGCUACAACGCCACCUCCUUCCCCAACAUCUGGCUGGCCAUCCCGGACCAGCAGGGAGCCGCCGAGGUGCUGCAGGACUACCAGACGCUGAUGGAGCUGCCGUGCUACCAGCACCUCCGCCUGCUCAUCUGCAGCCUCUUCGUGCCCAAGUGCACCCCGGACGGCGGCGUGCUGCAGCCCUGCCGCGCCGUGUGCCUGGCGGCCGAGCAGCGCUGCCGCCAGUCCCUCGGCCUGCUGGGCAUCCUCUGGCCCAUCAACUGCAACAUCCUGCCCGACUCCAGCGACCCCGUGGAGUGCUUCCAGCCCUGAGCCGGCCAGAGGAGGGCAGCAGGGGCUGAAGCACCCUCCCCACCCCAAACGUCCCUCCUGUGCUUUUGCUGUUGUGGAUGCCCAGCUGUUGGGGUGCCCCCUCAGCUGCCCCUGUGCCCAGUGCUUGCCGUGGUGCCUGGAUGCCACGGGCUUGCCCACAGCUCCAUUUCCCUAGAGAGCAGGUGACAUAUCCCACAGGGAAAGGGUUAAUGCUCCCCAAAGGGAGCAGGGCUGGGCAGAGGUGGGCC